AUGGAAUUAGCUCCACCAAAAGUUUACGGACUUAAAAUAUUAGACAAGGAAAGGUUCAAUAUAAUUGCAGAAAUACCAACAAUUAAAAUAGGAGGCCUAAAAAAAGAAAAUAUGAACCAAAUCGUUAAGAAUUUGAAAAAGGAUUUCUUAAAACUCGAUCAUUUUCGUCCAAAAUCAAAUGAAAAAAUAUUUUUAAAUCCUGGUACUGUCAGCAAAUGGGAAGACUUACCAUGCUCAAAUUUAGAAAGUCUUGGCGUUAAUUCAUCGUCAUUUGGUUUUGAGAAAAUGUCUUUCGGAUAUGAGAACUGGAAAGCCGAUGAUCUUAUCAAAGCAAUAAUCCCCGAAGAAUCGGUCACAUUUUGCAUUUAA